CAGGAUUCCAUGCCUUUCAAAGUUAAUACACUUAUUUUGAUAAUAGCUGAACUGUUUCCGGUCUGAGUGAGGGCAAAAUCUUCUCUCUUGCUUUAAAGUUUAGGGAAAUGAGAUAAGCUUUGUAAAUAGUGUUAACAACGUGGCACCUAUUAAGCACUAAGCGUGAAUAUUGUUUAUGCAGUAUUUUUCGCUAAUAUAUAAUGUUGUGUUUUUUCUAUUUAUUGUAUAUCUUUUCUCAUACUUUUCUCAUAUGUAGUUUUAUUUUAUUUCAUUUUUUAAAAUCUUAUAUAAAUACUUAACGACAACGGCGUUUAUGCUGGCAAUGUGUGAUUUUUUUUAUUUUUUUAUUUUUUAUUUUUGCUUGCGAUAAACCCAUAUGGAUAAACCAGUGACCGUCCUCUUGUCUCUUGGGCUUUACAUUUACUUUCUAGAGGAGCUUUGGCGCCAUCUAGCGGUUGAGUCUCGCGGCAGGAACGCCUUGGCAUCAAGCGGCGUCUUUUCUCAACAAAACUAGGUCCUGAACGUCUUUGUGCGACACUAGCUCCAAAUCCAUCUCCGGAUUUACCUGCAUUUUUCUUUGUCAAACACAACCCUGGAGCAAAAACAGCUUUACAUUUUUUACUCUCAUUUUCCUCUGGAAGUGUCUUUUUUCCUCCAGACAUGAUCCUCAACGGAGUCGUUUGUGUAUUUAUCUUACUGUCCCUCCUUGCUGCUGCAGUUCCGGUUGGAGCCGACACAGAGUACGACAGCUACAACCAGUCUGCAGAAGAUGAAGCUCCUCAGUUCGACUACACAUACCCUUACUGGUGUCACCCUGUGAACCUGAUCAACGGCGAGGUGACCUGCCAUUCUCCUAGAGCUGGGGGCUACAGCAGCACGCUGGGGAGCCGCUGUAAAAUGAGCUGCGAUCGAGGGUACCGGCUGAUUGGAAGAAGAUCAAUCCAGUGUCUGGCCACCCGCCGCUGGUCUGGGACCGCCUACUGUCGCAAGAUCCGCUGCCAUGUGCUGCCCCUCAUUCCUCACGGCAGAUACACCUGCAGUCAAGGCUUCUACGUGGACUCCAGGUGUGACUUCACCUGCAGGGUAGGCUACCGCAUUGAGGGGGAACACUCACGCACCUGCCUGCCCUCGGGGGCGUGGAGUGGAGCACAGCCGGUGUGUUCAGAUACAGAGCCUCCGAAGAUUAAGUGUCCUCCAUCCAGACUCAAGGUUGCCGACCCAGGAAAGCUGAGUGCCAGAGUGACCUGGGACCCCCCCAGCGCCACAGACACCGCAGACAAAUCCCUCAACGUAGUACUAGUGGGCCAAGAACCCGACACUGAAUUCCAAGAAGGAGUUCAUGUCAUCAGAUACAAAGUGUACGAUCAAGCCAGGAACAGAGCCGCCUGCAAGUUUAUUGUACGUGUUGAGGUGAGAAGGUGUCCAGACCUACCCUCACCUCUGCACGGUUACCUGAGCUGCACCUCUGUGGGGAACAACUACGGUGCAGCCUGUGAGUACCACUGUGACGGAGGAUACGAGCUCAAGGGGAUGUCCACCCGCGUCUGCCAGCUCAACCGCAGCUGGAGCGGGGGUGCGUCUGAGUGCACCCCCAUGGAGUUGAAGUCCGACGUGAAGACGAGUUCGGCGCUCCUGGAUCAGUUCUACGAAAAGAGGCGGCUGCUGAUUGUAUCUGCACCGGACAUUUCUGACCCCGAUUACCAGCUGCAGAACCUCAUGAUUCAAAAAUCCGAUUGUGGGUUAGACCUGCGACAUGUAACCGUCAUCGAGCUCCUGGGUUCUCCGCCUCAGGAGACGGGCCGCAUCAAAGAGAAUCAGCUUCAGUCUGACGUCAUCGAGGGUCUGAGACAAGCCUUCAGAAUCUCCAGAACCUACUUCAGCAUGGUGCUGCUGGAUGAGCUGGGGCUGGACCGUGAACGCUUCAUUACUCCCGUAUCUCAGGAGGAGCUGUUCUCCUACAUCGACAGCUUCCUGCUGGAUGAGGAGGAACGCGAGAAGCUGGAGCUCCACAGAGACUUCUGCGACUAAAAUCUGAGAUUUGUGUCAUAGAAGUGUCACAGGCAGAUGACAACCAAAACCCAGGACCAAAGAGAGAUUUUAAAGAAAUAUUUAAAGAACAAACAGGUUCUCCUGGUUAAAUGUGAUCAGUAGAGCAAAUACUGAGGAAGCUGAAAUGGAUUUACUUAAACAAAAAUAUGUUGAGACAUUACUUUUUUAUAAUAAAUCACACUCAAUGAGUGAUUAAAUAUGGAAAGACACUCCUUUUUAACCACAAAUGUCCAGCAACGAAGAGGACAGACACUUUCAGGUGGGAGUGAACAUGGCUCCACCAGUGCUUUUGUGCUGUCACUUUUAUUAGAUGAACAAAAUAUUCAAUGUUUGAGGUUAGCGUGACCGCCAUCACACUGUAAAGAAGAGCUUAAAAGAUCAAAGAUACAUUUAAAAUCAGGAGUUUCAUUAACUGGCUUUUAAUUCAACUUAUUUAUACACAAAUCUCGUUGACGUCAGUCCUAAAGUGCAGUUGUGUUGGAUUGAACGAAGGCACAGUUCUGUUACAGUGCAGAGACAGAACUGCUCUGUGUUCUGUAUGCAAUAAAAAGAUGCAGUGAGACAAAGUGGAUCUAAAGAUUUGAAACUAACAGUCUGGACUUUAAAAAACAAAAAUGAACUUAGUGUGGUGAUGCUUUGGCACGUUUCUCAACAGUCUGAAGUCAGGGAACCUAAGAUGGACUU